ACAUUGUUAUUGUGAAGUGAGUGUGACCGGAUUGUUUUUUCGCAGGUAGGUAUUUCUGCCACAAAUAUUUAUGACGUAUAGGGGCAUACAACAAAGAGAUAUCAUUGAAGUAUUAGUUUUUAUAUUGGGAAAUACCUUUGGUAUAAGCUGGUCAUACGUCCAAGGUGAACAGUCGACAGGAAUAAGCAACCCGCGCCAGCAGUGUGCAAGACAGCAGAAACAGUGUUUAAAAAUAACCACAACAACAUGACGAGCAUGAUGACUUUACGAACCGUCUUGAUGACGAUGACGACUAUGCUGGACCUCAUCGCAGGGAAGACGACAUCGAUACCGCUCCCGGGAACCACUUUAAUUACCUUUCCGCCACCAUCUUUUUCUCCUGAUGAAGGACAUUUUUUCCCCUUUUCGACGCCCCCAACCAUGUCAACAGGCAUGACAACACGGCAUAGACAAACACAAGGAGUUGCAGCUCCAUUUGAUCUCAAUCCUUACCGUACAACAAAAGCCCCGCCUUAUUCUCCAAGAACUAAACUCGUCAUCGGGUGUCCUCAUGGCUUCGAUCAGAUCUCAACCCCUUGCCGAUCACCAGAGAACGAGCAGCAACAUUGGCCGGAAUGCGACAGUGCAACUCUACACAUACUGCAGAGAUUCAGUGUGGACGGGUACGAAUCAUGUUUGGAAGCUGCUCUAGCCAUCCUUGGAAACCUGGGACCCUAUGCCAUCAGUGAAUGGAAUGAAACAACUGCUCUCAGGUACCAAGUUGCUACCACAAAUUGGUGGGGCUUGACCAAUGUCACAAACGAACAUCUUCUGCAGGAUAGAAUAGCAACUGCACUAGAAGAAGAGCUUAGUAAUGUUUGGAGUAGUCGUUGUGCAGAUUUCAUCGAGUACUGGGUGACAUGUUCACUAAAAACUGAUCGCAAUGACUCGAUUUCCACCACGCCUUCAGCGGCGGACUGUCACGAAGAAUAUGUCGUUGGUGACCCAGACGCUUUUACGCCAGUCUGGCAUAAUGGAUCGUUCCUUUUCUUCUUCAAUGGAACUUACAUUACACCAACUUGGUGGAGUGACAGAUCGACAUAUGACGUUGUUGAGUCAACCUCACCCGAUUACAUUCGCCAUGAUAAAACACGAGAACUGAGAGUGUGUGGUAUACAAAAGCCAAUGAUCAACUGCGACAUCUUCAUAUCGGAGGAUGAAUAUCUUGUAGAAGACGUUGGUAAUUCGACGGCUAUCAUCUAUAAUGGUACAGAAUAUCAGGAAGACUUGUUUGAAUACGUGUCCAACAACUCCGUAAGAAUCUGCAUUAUUCAUGAUAAUUUUUCUACUGUCGAGGAACAAGUAGAAGAAGGUACGACAAUAAAACCAGUCAAUAUCCAGUUAAUCUAUAGCCAUGUCCUGUUCGCGAUAUCAACAUUAUGUCUGAUUUUAUUGGUCGGAACGUACCUGAUAUUUUCUGAACUUCGGAAUUUCCAGGGAUGCGCCAUACUAACCUUUGCUGUAACUUUUCUGAUUUCCCAAAUUUGCCUGCAGUAUGUUGCUCCUUACGCACGUCGCACAACGGCUCUAUGUCAGGGUGUGGCGGUUCUUGCGCAUUUUACGCUUCUGUGUGCUUUUGCCUGGAUGACUCUUCUUGCAUUUGACCUUUUCCGAAGCUUCAAAGGAACCCAGACCCGCACACACCACAGCCCCAACAGUCGCCUCAAACGCUAUGCUCGAUAUUCACUGGUUGGUUGGGGUGUUCCACUUCUUCUAGUAAUUGUCUCCCUCGGGCUGCAUUUCACGGAAAACGAUAUAUUCCCGCUCGAGUACGGAUCGGGGAGAAACUGUUGGGUGUAUCCAGUUCUUGCCAACAUUAUAUUUUUCAUCAGUCCAAUCGUGCUGUCCUUGGUUGCCAAUGUCGUCCUCUUCAUCCUCACUGUGGUAAGUAUUUGCAGGACGACCAAGAUGACCAGGAGUGCUCUUCAACAGGACAGAUCACACAGGAAUGUGAUAUCCGAAUUGCUCAUCUAUUUCAAGAUAUCUUGUUUGAUGGGAUUCAGCUGGUUGUUUGGUCUGAUAGCCGCCCUGGGUACGACGCCAGCUCUCUGGUACAUAUUCAUAACGGUAAAUGGUCUCCAAGGCAUUUCGGUCUUUGUCUCCUUCGGCCUCAAUGCCAGGGUAAGAAAAUUAUGGAGGAAAAGGAUGGCACCAGCAACGUCAGGGUCGAGCAGUGGUAGCUCCAACAAGACAAAGAAGACCAGUUCUGUGUAGUGGACUUUCUGGCAACAAACUACCAACCUUCCUGAAAUACAUCAGUGGACGAGCUUAAGAAGCUUCUGUAAAUGUUGAAGGCUUGUUUAUUUCGUUUACGAACUUUCGGACUUCUAUUGCAUGUAGUUCUUAUGAAAUGUUUUCACCGUUGAAAGGACAACAAGUAUCCUGAAUUAUACCCAGUACUUGAAGCAAGUUGUGAGACCUUUCCUCACCUUAAGGAAAGGCCAGUAUACCAAAUACACUAUUGACUGGAUUUAAACAUGGGUAAUACCAAUGCCAAAACAUUGCUAAGCUAGUCGGCAACGGAUUACCGAACCGCAGUCUACAGUUAGGUGAGAAAUUCGCAUUUUAAGAUUCAAUAAAAAUGGAUCCGUUCCUGUAGAGUUUGUAUAUCACGGAGAUGUCUUUUUCAGGCAUGUCAUGUGCAUCCAUAUUUCAAAACAAAAUGAGAUGAGGGCAUCAAGCAUUUAAUUCUGUUUGUGUCGCCCGAAACGUAUGGAAUAGUUUGCCCUUUGAAUAAACAACUUCAAAUAAACACUAAAAACUCUUCUUUACAUCUACUACAUCAUGAUUUUUGUAGAGCAUAAUUUUGAAUAGAUACGCUCUGUAAUUUACAUGUUCUAGAGAAUUUUUGACGUCACAUGCAAGCAACUCCUGUCUAAUUUGAUUCCAUUUCACGAAAUCAAAUUUGUAAUAUUUCAUGACGGUAUAAUUAUUUGUCAUAUAUUUAUGUAUGAAAUAAUAUGAUACUACGAGCAAUUAAAUCAUUCGACUUUCUGUCAGUUGUACUGGGGAGCUCCGAACAUUCGUGUGUAAUUCUUCGACGGAUUUACGUCAAAUUUCAUUCCUGCUUUUGUUUAACCCAACUAGACGUCCGCGUACACUUCCCCUCGAGCAAGACAUACAAGGAACUUUUUGUAAAUAUAUAUUUAUAUUAUAAAGUAAGAAUGUGAAAGAAGAAAAGUUUACACUAUAGCGGAGCUUGAGAUAAUCUGCUUUUCAGAAAUGAAACUAUUAGAUAGCUGUUUCUUGUUCACAACUUUAGAAUCACCUGAGCAACUCAGAAUCUGAAAUAUUUUUAAUCACUGUUGGUUGCCUUUUGUGUAUGGUUUACAUAGGAGCUUUGUCAAGUUCUUUUGUCUAUUCAUGUUUAACAUCGGUAUUGCGUUCCUCAUAAUUUCAACAAAAACAAGUCAAUCUUGUUCCUAUGUACUACGAUGGUUUACGUGUCCUCAAUACCGAAACUCUUUAUUUCUUGGAUCAAAAUUUAUCCAACCAUAGAUAGGCCCUAUAUAAUCUAGAAUAAUAUUGAUGAGGGCUCUGUAAAAUCUACUGUACAAUCAAAGAUAUGAUAUGCUAUUUCAAGUUGUGAAUUUGUCCAUAAUUAUGACGUAAUUCAUUAACAGAUCGAUAGCCUACCGGUGAGCUAACUCAUAGGCCUAUAGGACAUGUGAUUUAUAUUCAUUGAAUUGUCGUUUUUAUGGUUCGCCAUGAUCGAAUCUAUAUACAGUGCGUCCCAGAAAAAACGAAACCGAGAUUUAUCGAUGAUUUAUCAUAACUUAAUCACAAAUACAACAGGGAAGUGACCUACCAUUGUAAAGCUUGGAAUCUCUUCUUUCAUCUGAAAUUACUUAUAGAUUAUUUCUCAUUCACGCAUGAGUGAGAAAAGCAAUUUGAAGAGGGGAUACCAAAAAGUCAAUUGGCGGGCUGUAUCUGGAUUUCAAAAUGAAAACCACAUUUCUGAAAUGUUCAAUAUCUGCCCUUUAAUUUGAUACGUCAACUACAGAAAAUGGUCUGGAAAUAACAAAGUUCUGCCUAUUUGAAAUAAAGCUUGAAUUUCAAUAAUUUCAUAAAAUGAAGAGAUUUUACAGGCUAGCGUUCCGAGUCACUCGACAGUCCGUUUUGUUGAAGAUCAGCCAUGCAACUCUUUUGUUAACCGUGCGAUAGCUACUGUGGGAAACCGGUGAAAACACGUUUAUUUAAUGAAAUUAUGGAAAUACAAGCAUUGUUUCAAGGGAACAUAAUAUUUUUACAUCUUAACCAUUUUCUAUGAGUAAGGUAUCAAAUAAAAGAGCAGAUAUUGAACUUUAUAGGAAUAUCAUUUUCUUUUUGAAAUUCAGAUACCCCCCGCCAAAUGAAUUUUUGGUAUCCUUUCUUCAAAUUGUUUUUGCUCACUCAUGCGUGAAUUUGAAAUUCAGAUACCCCCCGCCAAAUGAAUUUUUGGUAUCCUUUCUUCAAAUUGUUUUUGCUCACUCAUGCGUGAAUGAGAAACAAUCUAAGUAAUUUCAGAUGAAAGAGGAGAUUCUAAGCUUUACAAUGGUAGGUCACUUGUCUAUUGUAUUCGUGAUUAAGUUAUGAUAAAUCAUCGAUAAAUCUCGGUUUCGUUUUUUCUGGGACGCACUGUACAGUAGGUAGAUUAUAGUAAAUCACGCCAGUGAAUAUAUCUGGUCCUAUUCUGAUUUUUUUUUUUAACUGAAAUAAAAGUU